CUUUCCAUCAACACCUUCGUUCCCCUUCUCUUCAGCUGAUCAUCAACUGGCAUGCAUAUGGCAAAAGAAGGGAAGGAGACAAGAGUGAUCCUGACGAAGCCAUUAUCAAUAGAAGAAGAAGAAGAAGCAGAGCAAAAUGAUUAUUCAGCUCCCAAUCCUCUGCAACGCAUCUUGAGCCUUUUCGCUCAUGUACGCCCUGGAUCUGAUCUCUCUCGCUUUCAGCUACCGGCAGCAUUUAACUUGCCAAAGUCACAGCUUCAGUGCUACGGGGAAUCAAUUUACUGUACAUCAUUGAACUUACUGGGUAGUUGCAAUGGUGGAGACAGCUCAUUGGAAAGGUUUAUAAAUGUGGUGGCUUGGACUAUAUCUACCACCCGGCCCGCUCUGUUUGGAGUCGCCCCUUAUAAUCCUGUCCUUGGUGAGACCCACCAUGUCUCUCGCUCCUCUCUUAAUGUCUUACUUGAACAGGUAUCACAUCACCCUCCAGUAUCAGCGCUCCACGCAACUGACGAGAAGGAAAACAUAAAAAUUAUAUGGUGCAACCGACCUCUCCCAAAGUUCCAUGGUACUUCAGUGGAGAUUCAAGUGCUAGGUGAACGGACGUUGAAAUUGAUGAACCAUGGAGAAACAUACGAGAUGAAUUGCCCUAAUUUGAUAUUCAGAUUUGUUCCUAUUCCUGAGGUUGAUUGGGUUGGCAAAGUUCGUAUAAGGUGCAAAGAGACUGGUUUGUUGGCUGAUUUAUGUUACAAAGGUCGAUCUUUUCUAGGUUUUAAGGGAAGCCGCAGAUCUAUCAAAGGAAAGAUUCUUGACUCAUCCUCUUCUUCCAGUGUUCUAUAUGAUGUUGAUGGUCACUGGGACAGGUCUGUUGCAAUUAAGGAUAAAAACAACGGGAGUGUUAGGGUGAUAUAUGAUGCCAAACAAGUUAUUUCAGGUCUCCAAACUCCUACCCUAAAGACUUUAGAGAAUGUGUGGGCAACAGAAGCAGCGAGUGUUUGGAGUGACGUUAGUGAAGCCCUAAUGAGGAAAGAGUGGGACAAAGCAAGUGAAGCAAAGAGAUGCAUUGAAAAUGCAGAGAGAAAGCUAUUGAGAGAAAGGGAAUCAAGUGGCCAAAUUUGGACGCCGAAACACUUCACUGUGUCGAGAACUGAACAAGGUACUUGGGACUGCCGUCCUCUUCAUCAGUGGGUCCCUUCUGCCCCUAUUAUUGCUUCACAAGACAAUUGAUUCAGAAUUUGGUACUACUUCCGAUGUUUCAUAUAAGAGCUAGUGGACUGAUUUGAGUAAAUUAAAAA